CAAAAAAAAAAAAGGGCGAGCUGAGAGUCGAGAUGUUAAGCGGCGGGCGCGCGGUGAUGAUGUAAUGGCUUUGUGCGCUGGGCGGCCAGGGGGCAGCAAGAACGGCCGCUUUCUGCGCUUUCUCGUCUUCACUCGCCGCGCUGGGGCUGCCUCCGCCGCCGCCGGGUCCUAGCUAGACCCGCUCUCUUCUCCCUUUCCCCGCGUGAGUAGGUCAGCAGCUAAAAUCUGUUUUAUGAUACAGGCUCUUUAUCAAGUAUACCUUUUUGAUGCCUGGUAUUUGAAAUCUCCCAAGUAUGCCAGCAGCUACAGUAGAUCACAGCCAAAGAAUUUGUGAAGUUUGGGCUUGCAACCUGGAUGAAGAGAUGAAGAAAAUCCGUCAAGUUAUACGGAAGUUUAACUACGUUGCCAUGGAUACAGAGUUUCCAGGAGUAGUUGCAAGGCCUAUUGGAGAAUUCAGAAGCAAUGCAGACUAUCAGUACCAGCUACUCCGCUGUAAUGUAGACUUACUAAAGAUAAUUCAGUUAGGAUUGACGUUCAUGAAUGAGCAAGGCGAAUAUCCUCCAGGAACUUCAACGUGGCAAUUUAAUUUUAAAUUUAAUUUAACAGAGGACAUGUAUGCCCAGGACUCUAUAGAGCUACUAACAACAUCUGGAAUCCAGUUCAAAAAACAUGAGGAAGAAGGAAUUGAAACACAGUACUUCGCUGAACUUCUAAUGACAUCGGGUGUAGUGCUGUGUGAAGGUGUCAAGUGGCUUUCAUUUCAUAGUGGCUAUGAUUUCGGCUAUCUCAUCAAGAUCCUGACAAAUUCCAAUUUACCCGAAGAAGAGAUGGACUUCUUUGAGAUACUGAGACUGUUUUUCCCUGUAAUUUAUGAUGUGAAGUACCUUAUGAAGAGCUGCAAAAAUCUCAAGGGUGGAUUGCAAGAAGUAGCUGAGCAGUUAGAGUUGGAGAGGAUAGGACCACAGCAUCAGGCAGGAUCUGAUUCUCUACUAACAGGCAUGGCCUUCUUCAAAAUGAGAGAGAUGUUCUUUGAAGACCACAUCGAUGAUGCCAAGUACUGCGGUCACUUGUAUGGCCUUGGUUCCGCCUCAUCUUAUGUACAGAACGGGACAGGAAAUGCGUAUGAAGAAGAAGCCAGCAAGCAAUCAUGACAUGAAGUGAGAAGCCACCUUUUCGGAGCGCCACAUGCUUGUACAUAGGUUUUAUCUCUGGUUGAAUUCCUUGGACAAUAAGGCAUUCGUUUUUCCUCCAUUACUCAGCACAUGGUCCUUUUUUCCUGCCUUUAUGUACUAAAAUCUGACUGUUCCUAUACCAGUUCUUUGACCUUGAUGCAUAGGCAUUUCUGGGUUUAAACGUGGCCUUGUACCUUGCCCAUCUAUACACAACCAUGUGUAGGAGCAGCGUGGCAGACAGAAGAGGAAAGCUAAAAUGAUAAUGAAAUUUCUGGUAAACUUUAAUUGGUCUUAGCAUUGGUUUAUUAUCUUCCCUGUACUCUUUCCCCCAAAAAACUGAAGUAGCACUGAUUGUGACCGAUAUCCCCAUUUGAUGUUUAUCCCUUCCCAGUAUACAGGAGUUUUAGCUAUUCAAGAUUGUGGACCAUCACAUUUGCACUUUAGAAGAGUGAGUCUGAGUCAGAUCCUCUGGUUUUUCUAUCCUGACCUUGAGAAAAAUGUUCAUCUUCCAUCUUGUAGUAACCUCAUGUUGCCUCCCCCCUCCUUUCCCAGGUUUUGAACCCAUUAAACCAAAACACACUUGCUGCAUAAAUCUCUGUUGAGAAUUACUGAACUCUUAGCAGCUGGUCUUAUAUCUUAACUGGUGUUCGGUCUUCCAAGUAUAUGCACCAGCUUUUAAGUAGUUUGCCAGUUCAACACUCUCUGUGGUGGAAUAACUGGGUUGCAGUGAGGGAAAAUCUCUCCUGCCCACACUCUGGGGAAUGGAUCAGGUACUAUGCAAGAGCCCAGUUCUGUUCCUGUGUAGCUCCUUUUCAUUUCUGGGGCAGGCAGGAAGUGUAUGCAACAGAAAUCCCUUAUGGAUUGCUUCCUCUGUGUGCAAGCCAGUUUUACAGCCAUCAGAAAAAACUUGUGUGUCCUUAAGUUUUUGAGUCUUUGAGCUUAAAAAUGAUAGAAACUGCAGUUCAUUUGACUGCAGACAGACAUACAGACCCAUUUCCUUACUCUUUUCCAGCAAGCCAUGCCCAUAAAAUACUUUCUAUUUAUUGUGUACUUGAAUGGAUGGGUGAAUACAAAGUUAAUUAAGGAUGAGAUCCAAAGAUCUGAAACCAACUUGAUAUUUAGCUAAAUCAAAAGAGGAAAAUAAACUUUUUGUCCUUACUGUAGCUGCUACAAAGGUAUUUGUUGUAAAACAACAAAUCUAUUUGUACCUAAUAAAGUUACCUGAGGAGCGUAAGGCUAGCUUAUUUUUUUAAGUCUAUUUUAGAAAUGCAUUGUUUUUAUUAAAGGAUCAUAAAGGACUUUCUUAACCAUGCCGGGAACGCACACACUGCAGUGGUGCAGGAAGACUUUAAUUUGGCAUUGAAUAGCUAAACCCUAUCCUGAAAAAUGAUGGAGUGCCUGUGGGGGCAGCCUUUGGCCCUCUCGUCUACACUGAAAAUCAAUGAGUAAAUCUUAGAAAAUGUUCUGCAAGUUGAUUUGUUUACCAUGUACUUUAACCUGCUUUUCUUCCCCCUCCUUCUCCUCAUUAAGUUACAAUGAUGUAACUGGGUGGUCCUAUUUUUUAAAAA